CCUCCAUUUCCACUCUCUUUGAAAUCAUACCAUAAUGGCGAUUGGAAUGGCCCUCCAACUGAAGACCCUUCUACGCUUGAAUUACCCCGCCCUCGCUGCCCACUUCAUCGAUUUCAUCGGCAACCACCCUUCCGUUGAGCACGUAAACACCGUCAACACCCAGUUGCUGGACCUGAUCCACAGCGAGUCCUUGCCAUCGGAUGCCUACAAAAUAUGGCUGCCGAUUGCAUUGAAAUAAUCCCCGCAACUGCUAUCUACCGCUCUGCACGACCCGGUUUCCCAUAACGUUCGAGCGGUCGGUAUCCAGCAGGUCGCCCGCUUUUCACGCACGUCCACUUGGAGGUCGAGUGUGGGACACCUUGGGCGGUGCAGAAGGACUCAGAGAUAUCAUCGGGGGCCUGUCUAUUGCUGACACAGCAAACCUGCUGCAUGCCAUUGCGAAAAGCGUGCACCGACAGGACGAUGAGUUGCCAGUUCAUGUUGAUCAGCUGGUCCAUCUCCUUCAGCAAGACAAAGCAUCUCGGCCGCUCUGGCACCACUUGGACACGCUUUUACCGUUAUGCAGCUCGUCGUUCCUGGCGGAAGUGUUGUCUUCCUUUCCAGAAGUGCGGUUGACGCCUAAGCUGCUGGACAGGAUUGCCCUGCGCCAUCCAGCUUUGUUGCGACGUAUUGCUACGGGCGAUGUCAC